AUGGACGACAGAACGAUUGAUCUAAUUUUCGCGGGCUCUUUGGAAAGUUUGCCGCCAGUCAGUUCGAAAAUUGUGAGAAUUUUUACGAGUUCUACAUUUACAGACACAACCAUGGAGAGAAAUACGCUGAUGGCAAAAUGUUAUCCGAAAAUAAAAGAUUACUGCCGAGAGAAACAUGGACUCGAAUUUCAGGUUGUAGAUAUGAGAUGGGGAGUAAGGGAUGAAGCUACGGAUGACCACAUGACUACCGAGUUGUGCAUGAAAGAAAUACAAAAUUGUCAGAGGCUGUCCAUGGGUCCCAAUUUUGUUGUUUUUUUGGGCCAAAAAUAUGGCUACAGGCCAAUUCCAACUUACAUCCUGACGUCCGAACUUCUGAUGAUUAGAGACGAGUUAGCAGCAACUGGACACGACCCUACAUUGAUAGACACUUGGUACAGAAAGGAUGCCAACGCUGUUCCCCCGAUAUCGGUACUGCAGCCUAUAUCUUCCAUUCUGAUAAAUUUCAAUAACAAGAGGAUUCCCAAACUGCAAGCUGAAGACCAAGCAAAAUGGUGGGACACUUUGGGCAAAUUUCAAAAAUUAUUCAGAAAAGCAGCGGCGUCUUUGAAUCAGCAAGGAAAAAUGGACGAUGAUGCCACACAUAAUUAUUUUAUGUCAGUGACCGAGAGGGAAGUAAUAAAUGGCAUCUUGAAUGUGAAAAACACCAAAAACCACUGCUUGGCUUAUAUCAGAUACAUCAACAACAUUAACCUCCAAAAUCUAAAGAAAGCCUCUCUAUUCGUGGACAUAAUCAACAGAAGUUUGGAUACCGAGUCCGCCAAGUUGCUUGGCAACCUCAGAGACGAGAGACUCCCGGCCAAAAUAGAGACGAGCAACAUACAAAAGUACACAGUUGAGUGGAUAGGUAGAGAGGGGCUUGACAAUGAAACCCACGAAGACUACCUGAAGCACUUCAUAACGCACUUCUACAAGAACAUCAUCAAACUGGUGGACAGAGCCAUGAGGAAGGAAGACUCCAGCGCUCAAGGUCAGAUAGUAACGGAGAUAUUGCAGCACCUACACGCCUGCAACAAUUCGGUGAAGGUAUUUUACGGCCGAGAAGAUAGUUUGGAACACAUCCACAGGUACAUGUUGGACGAUUCUGACAAGUGUUUGAUACUCUAUGGGGAAGGAGGGUGUGGCAAAACAUCCCUUCUAGCCAAAUCCGCCGGAAUGUCAACAAGUAAAGACUGGUUUCAGGGUGCUAAGCCAAUUAGCAUCGUAAGGUUUUUGGGAACAACGCCAGAUUCGUCUGCCUUGACGCCUACUUUGAUAUCAAUUUGUCAACAGAUAUCCUACAACUUCAUGCUCCCCUUUGAAGGCAUCCCAGAUGACUUGGUGCCACUCACCGCCCAUUUCAAACAACUACUUACCCUCGCCACCAAGGAACAACCUUUACUUCUAUUCCUCGACUCAGUGGAUCAACUCACUGGAACCCAGGAUGCAAACAAAGUGUCAUGGCUGCCAACAAGAUUACCGUCGUACUGCAAGAUUAUUGUAUCCUGUGCAAACGAAGAAAGUAACCCAGAGGUAUCGAAGGAAUAUCACAUACUCAGAAGGAUGAUAGAUGUUGAAGAAAACUUUAUAGAAGUCAAAGCCUUGGGAGAAGAGCUGGCCAUGAAAGUUAUAAAAAUGUGGAUGCAAACAGCCCACAGGGACCUGACCAACUACCAGUGGCGUUUGGUCUCGAAUGCUAUUGACAAAUGCAGCUUACCCAUCUUCGUUAAGUUGGUUUUCGCAGAAAUAUGCAGAUGGCGCAGCUACACGAAAUCCCAAGAAACGCACCUAGCCUCGACCGUAAUGGAUUCCAUCAUGAUGCUGUUCGAAAGAAUAGAAAAACAGCACGGCAGGAUAUUGGUAUUUCACGCUUUAGCUUACAUAACAGCGGCCAAAAGCGGUUUGUCUGAGUCCGAACUUGAAGACCUGAUCUCUCUAGACGACAAGGUCUUAGAUGAUGUCUACCAGUACCAUCUACCCCCAGUGAGGCGCAUUCCCCCGCUACUGUGGACGAGAAUAAGGAACGAUUUACCCAACUAUCUAUCUGAAAGAGAAGCGGACGGAGUUAGCGUCAUGAACUGGUACCACAGACAAUUUCGCGAUACUGCCAAGGAGAGGUACUUCAAAAACAUGAACAUGGCCAUGUACUUUCAUUCCAUGAUCGCCGAUUAUUUUUUGGGCAUUUGGGGUGGAGGAAAACCGAAGCCGUUCAGAUACACGGAAAUCCAGCGACACAGAUUCAACCUCACAGAUAAAGAAGGUAUUGCUGAUCGGAAGGUUCCAGUGCAGCCAUUGGUAUUCUACUCUAAAGAGGGAAAAGUGUCUAGAUAUAAUUUGAGAAAGUUUGGAGAACUACCGUUCCACUUGGUGAGAUCGAGGCGUUUUAAAGAUUUAUACGAUAAUGUUCUCUUCAACUACGAAUGGCUUCACGCAAAGCUAUCUAGCUGCCCUCUGCAAGCCGUUUUGGCAGAUUAUGAAGACGCCAGCGCCAACAUUGACGAUAAAGAAUCAAGAAGGGAAUUGAUGUUGGUGGCGGACGCUUUGAGGCUAGGCGGAGCUGUGCUGGGCCAAUACCCCAACAUGCUGGCCCCGCAGCUGAUAGGGAGGCUGCUUCCCGAAGUCAGUCAUAAUCCCAACAUCAAAAUGUUACUCAACGACUGCGACUUCAAAGGGCCUAUGCACUGUUCCCUCCUGCCAUUGUAUCACUGCUUACACACGCCAGGAGGACCCCUCAAGUAUUCCCUUGAGGGUCACCAGUUCGCCGUGUUUUCGAUAUGUUUGACCUCUGACUACAGAUACGUCGUGUCCGUAUCGAACAGAUUCAUCACCUGGGAUUUGUCUACAAGUGAUCUGACCAGAGACGUAAAUCCGAACAUAGAAGGGAUAAUGCAGCAUUUGGUUCUAAGUCCGGAUAACAAGUGGGCUGCUGCUUAUACCAAUAACAAUCAAACUGUCCUGCUGAACAUGCUGUCAAGCGAGUUCGUCACGAUAGACAAUCCUCUUCCCGAAGGAUGCGCUGUGACGGGAAUAUUCCUGUUGAACUAUAACCUAUACAUCUACGGAAGCGACAGGUGGAUCAAAUUCGACAUGAGAGGAAACAACGAAGAAGAAUACUGCGCCCCGCUAGAAAUGUCAGAUUGGCCCAUUUUACAUAUGGAAUUCGACAACAAAGAAGAGUACAGAAUAGUUUUUUGGAAGGGUAAUCUUGAUGACGAAAGAAUGACUCUAUUGCUACGUACCAGAGAAGGAGAUUUCGAAUAUUUAGAAUAUCACAGUACGAUGGUAUUGACGAAAGACAAAUCGACGGUCUACGCAUGUUCUACUCCCGACCUGUAUAUUGUCACGAAAUAUACCAAAUCGGAAGAAUCGAAGAAAUGGGAAAAAAUCGAAGACUUACCAAGAGCUGAAAAUGAUGAUACAGAACUGAUGCUGCAACUCAAACUUGAUAAAGUUGACAAAGUGCUGUUCGGAACAACGAGUAACGGUUUCGUCAUUUGGGACUUCAACGAUGAUAAAAUAGACCCCGGAGCGAUUUCCUUGACCCUACCGUAUGGUACUAGAAAUAUCACGACAAAGAUGCUCCAGUCCAACUCCAUAAUGCUGAGCGCCCACAAAAAUUACGCCAUAGCGGGCGUGAGAAAGAACUUGUACGUCUGGAUCAUCCAGACCAGAAAGCUAGUGAAAGUCUUGGACGCCCACUUCGGUCGAAUCAUUCAGUUGGAAGCACUAACGGUGGGUAACUGGAACAGCAUAGUGACUUCUUCGAUAGAUCGGACAGCCAAGGUUUGGAACAUCAACAACAUUUUCGAGACGGUCCACGUCAUCGACAGGCACGAAUUGCAAGUAGAUUCGAUAAGCCUCUCUGACAACCUCAGCCUGGCAGUAACGGCUACGAGGAACUGUGUGGGAGUGUGGGAUCUACGAAUAGGGAAGCUGGUGGCUAAAUUGGCAGACAGCCCGCUGGGAGCCAUCGUGACACAUGCCAUAAUAACACCGGACGGAAAAUAUAUCAUCUCUGCAGAAACGGGCAACAUACUGAUAUGGCUACGCUUGACUCAAACGGUGAUUUUCAAAGACGAACAGCCAGGCAUCAGGCAACUGUCUCUCAUGGACAAAGGCACGAAAAUCCUAUCGAUUUCCAAGCCUAGCAACCCCCCAGGAACGGAUUUCGUUAGAACAGUGGCCACAGUAUGCGUACGAGAGAUUCCGAGCGGUGAAAUGGUAUACAGUUUCGAGUAUCCUGUACGUAGCAUAACGGGAGUACCCUUCAGGCCCGCUGUGGUCACUUCAGACGACCUGCAUCUUGUGAUAGCAGCUGCUGAUAAGAACAAUAAGGACUGCAUUAUUGUAUAUAACGCACAGAACGGAAAUCUGGUUCAUCGUAUUCCCUUUAAAAGCAGUGUCGUCAAGGAUAUUGCAGGUCUAGUGGCGAUGCCACACAAAGGGCACCUCAUUGCGGUAUUGACGACGGACAAAGGAGCAGUCUUUGACAUCAGAACAAAAAAACACAUUCGUAGCAUACCAAAGUGGGGAGGCAGCAUCACCAAAGAUGGAAAGUAUGGUCUGUAUGCUCCUUCAAGAGGCGGUUUGGAACUGAUAGAGCUCAAGAAAGGCCAAACUGUCAGAACGUUCAUUCCGAAAGUAGCCGAAGGAGUGUUUUCAAUAAUAUGUCUCUUCAACACAACUGACGAGUACGUUCUCUACUACCAUAGCGGAAGGAAGACCUUGAGAGUGUUUAGAACUACUGAUGCGGAGAUGGUGGCAAAUUACAGAGUACAAGCGGAACUGACAGCAGUUGAAAGCACACCAGACGGAAAAGCUCUAGUACUGGGCACGGUGGAUGGAUGUGUAUCAGUACUGGCUAUAGUGGAUACCUCAAAAGACAACAUGAAUCAAUACUUGUCGGAGAUGCCUUCCAGGGAUGAAGAGUGGAAGAAAAAAGUGGAUAAAAGGAGAGCUCAAACUCGAUUCAGGGCUGUAGGAUCCAUCGCUAAACUGUCUACAAUUUUUUCAAAUGAGAAUAAUAAUUCUCUAAACAGUGAAUUGAAGGAGCAGGAAGGUGAUAGUUUGGUAGAGUGUAUUCAGUGACUGUUCCAGAAUAUGAUGAAAUCAUUUGAAAUAAAUAUUUUUUGGAA